UGAGUCACGAGGUAACAGACGCAGCAAUGGCAUGGGCCAGGCCGCCCAAUCACGGAGCUUUUCGGCUGGUAAUUUUGCUGUAUUUCCUGGUAACUUUGGUAUCGCGGAACAGAUCGCAAGGCCUGUUGAAAGGAAGAAAAAAUAAAAUAAAAAAUACAUUUUAACCUCCGCCGCAAGCGACUUGAUAUCUCACAUCUUCUCGCCCUUUUUUUUUCUCUUCUUCUCUCUUCCCUCAAUCAUCACUCUUGACUCCCAAUUUCACGUCUCUCAAUUUCACAUCUCCCCUCUAUAUUAUUUGCGAGAGGGAGGGCCUGCCAUAUGCUGCCCCCAAAGGAUCCCCUUAUCCAAUAUAUAUAUCAUCACACCCUUCGUCAUCAGUUUUGCAGAUACAUCUCCCAACAUUGCUGACGCCGGUUUGGACGAGUUGCUCAUUGUCCUCUCUGUUAAACCCCCCUUCUUUAUUUAAUUCACUCCAGUCCAGCGUGUUCCUUUGACGGCGGUUAGUCGUCAAAUGAACGUGCAAUUUAACUUCCAUCCUAGUUCAGAGUAUCUCCUCUUCGCCCUGAAGAGGUCCCCCGCUAGAUAAAUGGUGUUUAAGCCAUUCACCCACCUCGCACGUCAAGCCUUUUCGAAGACUUUUGCCCACGGCUACGCUCAGUCCGUUGUUGCCGCGUCCCAAUCCUCCUACGCGUCUACAAACACCUCCCUCAACCAGUUUACGAAUCUCCCCGCAAAAUACACUCGCACUGCCCAGCUCCAGAGUGCUUUCCAAAACCCCUCUGGCUCCUCGAGUGCGAGCUCCAAGGCUGGCCAUGCAUCUUCAGGAUUUGCUGGUGGCGACUCCGGCCUAGCUGCCUACUACGCAGCUUGGCAACAAGCUCAACAGAAUGGCGAUGAGAAUGAUUGGCAUCAGUUCCAGUUCAGAAAGAGAAUUGGCUGGAAGCCAUCUUCGCAGGAAGCAAAGGAAAAUGAGGAAAGUGCGGAAUCCAACAAGGAUGUCUCCGCGUCCUCCUCGUUGCACACCACCGUUGUUGAUAUCACCAGCCAUGAUAUCAAGGAAACUCGAGACUUCAGAAGAGUUGAGAGUGUCGCGGUCGAUGCUGAUGUAAGCGCGCAGGUUGAUGAGGCUGUUGCGCGAGAAAUACAACAGAUCCAUGAUGCAGAGGCUCUUGCGCAGGUGGAGGAGGAACCGGAUGUUUCGACCGCGGAAUCCGCGAAUAGUGUCGAGUCAGCCGAGGCGGCCUCAUCCAAGCCAACUCCAGAAUCUUCCGUGGAGGAGCCUACUCUUGAGGUUGAUGAAUCCUCCAAUUCCAAGGACAUCGAAGCAUUGAAAAAAACCCAGGCCCAAUCUGGCCGUGUAAUGCAACUAGCAGAUACCAAACAAUAUUCCCUUGUACCCGGUGCUUUCGAGAGUCUGCUCAAGGAUGGCCUCGUUCCGACUGUUGGAGCUUACAAUGCGCUCCUCGAGGCCGCUAUCCACCUUCAUGCGGAUAUCUACCAUGCUGUUCCCAAGGCUCUUGAUAUCUACUCGGAUAUGCUGCGCCGUACCGUUCUGCCAAAUGAACAAACAUACACUAUUCUCGUCCAGCUGUUGGCAUCCCGCGCCCUAAAAACCUUCCAGUCGAUUCAGACUCUAAACGAGCAGCGAGCGCGUUAUGGCGGCAUGGAAGAGGAGGGCAAGUUUAUAUUCCAGUCAAGCGAGGCCGAGCAUGAACUCUUAGUUGAGGAUCAUUCUCUUUCGAUUGCUCUGAAGCUCUUCACUGCUGCAAUCUCACACCAUGCCGAUAUUAUGUUCCCAUUGGAAGCUUACUGCACUCUCAUAACUGCCUGUGCAAAGAGAGGGGAGGUGGAGCAAAUGAUUAAGAUUUUCGCCCAUAUGGAAACCCACAAAAUUGUCCCGCACGCAACCAUCUUCCCUUCCAUGAUUGAUGCAUUUGCCGCAAACGGUGAUUUGAAGAGUGCUGUGGAAUGCUAUAAUGAAUACAAAGCAUUGGCCAUUGCUGACGAUAGUGGUGUAUUUGGAAUUAUCGAGCGGAAGGACGCUGAGGUUUAUGCCGCGCUCAUCAAAGCCUAUCUCUCUUGUGGUAAAGAGGCUGGCGCUCUCCGAUUUUUCGAUAAGAUUAGAUCGUCUUUCGAUGAAGUGAAGGAUCGGGAAGUGAGAAAGUCUAUCGUUGAGGCUAUUGUUGUCAAGGAUGGCUUGAUGCAGCAUGCAAUCAAAACUGGAAACUUUUCGGAGGCCCUUACAACCGCUCGAGAAUAUCUUUCAAAUCCCAACCUUGAAUCAGCACUGGCCAAGAUCUGUAUGGCUGCUGCUGAUUCGGGUAAUCUCGCCGUUGCAUCCGAAGCAUACGAUCUUCUUCCCCUGGAAUCCCCCGUCGCCAUGGGCCCCGCUUCUGCAAUGCUGGCUCUUCAUAUCCGCCAGGGAAGCCUUGCCUCAGCGAAACCAUUCUGGACUGUCCUCUCCUCGACAAACCACGCUACUCGGGACCUUAUCCAUCCGACCGCCAUGUAUACGGUUGCCCUUCUUAAGAGCAGCCAAGUCGAGGAAGGCCUGGUGGAAGCUCGGAAUAUGUUCGCUCGUAUUCGGAAGUCUGUUGACAGCAAGGUUGCCCGGGGUCACCUACGUGAAGAGAUCGAUGAAACUAUCGAUCUCCUCGGGCGCGUCAUGAUCGAGUCUUCCACUGUUCUCUCGGCACACGCCUCCAUGACGCUAAUCUGGGCUAUGAUCGAGAAUGGUGGACUGGUUUCACCAGUAGCAGAGCACGUCAUUGCCAGCCUUGGUCCGUCGGGUAUCUCGCAGCUGAGCAUCCAAGACCUGACACUUGCUCUUCAAGUUCAGGCUUCAAUGCUGGUCAAUGCCUCUGAUCUAUUUGACGCUGCCCACCCAGCACGAUUUGCCCAUAUGCUGGAACUUGCAUUGGCCGCCGGGAUCCCAGUACACACACUCAAAUCCCGUGUGCUUGAGCAAGCUGUCCUUAAGAUCACUGACAGCCGCCCAGAUUUGGUUCAGAGAUGGCGUGGUUAUGUGCAGUCCCCGGUCAUUAACGCUACCUUUGUACCGGCACGAUACACCCCAGUUCCCCAGCUUUCACCAGCGACGAAACCAACGACCCCCGAAGACACUUUCGAUCCAUAUGCCCAUGCUACCGAUUUCCGUGGAUCUGCUGUCAUCGCUGAUAUCCUAGAAAACACGAGUGGUAGGGUGGAGAACCACCUCAAUGAUGCCAUGAUUAAAUUCAAGAAUAUGCGCCGCAUUGGCAGACAUCCUCGGUAUAUCACUUAUACCAAGUUGAUCACCGCAGCUGCAAAGUGUGGGCGCAUGAGUCUCGUGCAGGAGAUCUUGAGUAUGGCUAGGCACGACGUUCCUCUGAUUCCUCAUUACAGGGUCGUCAAAUAUGGCUGGACAUCCAUUCUCGACGCUAUGGUUGCUGCCAGCUUGACGCUUGGCGAACGCGGCCAGGCUGCCAAAUACCACCAGGAGCUUAACAACAUCGGUUCGGCACCGUCUGCCAAUACCUUUGGUCUCUACAUCACCACCCUGAAGGAGUCGACAAAAACCUUCGAUGAAGCGACGGAGGCCGUUAAGAUCUUCCACCGCGCCAUAUCGGAAGGAGUUGACCCCACAUCGUUCCUCUACAAUGCACUGAUCGGAAAGCUUGGCAAAGCUCGUCGGAUUGAUGACUGCCUCCUCUACUUUGCCGAGAUGCGUGCUAAUGGAAUCCGACCUACAAGCGUUACCUACGGCACCAUCGUCAACGCCCUCUGCAGAGUCAGCGAUGAGCGCUUCGCAGAGGAGAUGUUCGAUGAGAUGGAAUCGAUGCCAAACUACAAACCCCGCCCGGCUCCGUACAACUCCAUCAUCCAGUACUUCCUCAACACGAAACGUGACCGCUCCAAGGUGCUGGCAUACUACGAGCGGAUGAAAACCAAAAACAUCCAGCCCACAAUGCACACCUACAAACUCCUAAUCGAUGCCUACGCCUCUCUAGAGCCCGUCGACAUGAAAGCCGCCGAGGAAGUGCUGGACACUAUCCGCUCCAAAGGCCAAAGGCCCGAAGCCGUCCACUUCGCCUCUCUCAUCCACGCGAAGGGCUGUGUCAUGCACGACAUGGACGGUGCGCGCAAGAUCUUCGACUCCGUCAUCUCAAACCGCCACGUCCAGCCGCAGCCAUGCCUCUACCAAGCCCUCUUCGAGGCAAUGGUGGCUAACCACCAAGUGUCCGCAACCGCCGAGCUGCUCAAGCACAUGGUCAGCCGCAACGUCGAGAUGACACCGUACAUCGCCAACACGCUCAUCCACGGCUGGGCGGCUGAUGGAAACAUCGCUAAUGCGCUGUCGGUGUAUAAUGGCAUUGGCAUCAGCAAGCGCGAGCCCAGCACCUAUGAAGCGAUGACCAGGGCCUUUUUGGCUGCGGAAGAUCGUCAGGGUGCGUCGCGUGUUGUGCAGGAGAUGCUGUCGCGCGGAUACCCGUCUGCGGUCACUGGGAAAGUGCUGGAACUUGUCGGUGGUGGCGGCGGCGCCGGCGGUACAGGCAGCUCCCAGGCCGUGACGUCGGCUUAAAACAAACAAAACCAAAAAUCAUGAACGGGCCGGGCUUGUUUCUUUAUAAAUUCUCGCCCACCGUUCUUCCUUCGUGAUUUGUUUUCCUAUGUUCACCUUACCUUAAACUUUUAUUUUAUUUUUUAUUUUUUUUAAUCCUCGGUCCAUUUCAUCACAUAUAUCAAAAGAUUUAAAACACUGGGCUGGACCCGAUUUUUGUCUGGCCUAGAAAAAAUAAUUGCAUCUCUGAUUUUUGUUACUGUUCAUCAACCAGGCAAAAUACCCCUAAAAAUUUUCAAUUUUGUUUUUGAUUUCUUUUCUAAGCUGGCGUUUUGGGAAAUAAAGUGUUCGCAUGUACUCUACCAUAAAUACAUACAAAGCGUGUCUUGGGUGGUGUUUGUUUGUCUAUUUUUGCAUGUUUGUUUUUGUUUUCUAACCAGGCGUAUCAAGUCAGAGAGAUAUCAACAUGUUUGGCCAAGGAGGUUUUUAUUUUAUUUGAAUGCGGGUUGGGGGUGAUUGCAUAUGGGUGAUUGUGAUUGCAUUUGUUUUUUUUUUUUUUUUUUUUUUUUUUUUUUUUGUUUCCCUUUCCAGCAUUUUGCUUUGCUUUUUUUCUCUUUUACAAUGUUCUGGUUUCGAUAGACACAUCUCUACUCUCUACAAGACAAUGGGGACCAGGUGGUACGAACCAUCUGGAUUUCCAGUCUGGUUUGUUUUUUGUUGCUGGUCAGAAAGAGGAGAAAAAGGGGCGGGGGUUUUUCUUCUCCUUUCUCCUCUCUCUGGCUGGACAAAAGACAAACAUGAUGGUCAGGUUGGUUUUCUUUUUCUUUUGGCUUUUCUACUCUUUGAUGAUUGAUUAAAUAUUGAUUUUGGGUAGUACCAUUUCAAUCAUAGCUAGGGUGAAAAGCCAGGAGGGGAGAGAGAAGCUUGACCACCAAAAAAAUCUAAAAGAAGAAAUUAUAAACCUAAAAAAUGGAAAUUAUUAUCAAGAGAGAAAUAUCUGCUGUCUUUGUAGUGCCCUACAACAUGUAUAUUUCGUAGCUAACUUUGUACUCUGUAGCGCCCCAGCUCCUUUUAUCCGCUGGGAGGUUUGGGAAAGGUCACGUUGCUACCAAAACUUUCUGUCCUAUCCUCAACUUCUCAACUCCUCCUCUCGUUCCCCUUUUCCUCUUCCUCCAUUCCCUUAAACUGCCAACCAUAGACAUUGCCCUGUUAUACCCGUUGCUCAUUUGAAAUCACCAUAUAGACUUUCUCUUUUCACAAUCCAUACAACCACCAAUGUUUUAGUUAGAUGCGCCUAACCUCCCCUUACUUAGUCUACCCCUCCAACAUCGAUCUGGAACGGUUUCAACCGCCUCAGAACCAUGACGCUGGACAAAGCAGCUGGAGGAAGUGAAGGCAGUGGGGGUGGUGCCAUGGGGACAUCCCCAGCCCACGUUCAUAGAACACCGAAGAAAUUAAUUUUUGCACCAGGAGACAUCGCAGCACCCUAUCCCCCCCCCUCCACUCAACACCACCAACAACAACGCCUCACAACCACCAGCCCAAGGCCCCAGCACCCCACCAUGGCAACCCCGAACCCCGCCCACCUCCAACCCACACUCACCGACACAACAACCCCAGAAAACCCCCUCCCGUCCCG